AGGGCUCCAGAUUCAAGUGCAGGGCGGUGCUUCUCGGAAACAGAAACCGGCGGGGCGGGGCCGGCGGCGGGGGUGACGGUAAAGGAAGGAGGAAGCUCAGACAAGCUACGCGACUCAACAGCGCUGAGGCUCCGGGGUAUCCCGCUAUGGCCGCAGAAGUCUCCCCCGCGGAGUCCGCGUCCCGGGUCUGCUCUGUGUCCUCCCUGCCCCUGGCUGCUCUCAACGUGCGAGUGCGGCGCCGCCUAUCGCUGUUCCUGAAUGUGCGGACGCAGGUUGCGGCGGAUUGGACCGCGCUGGCGGAGGAGAUGGGCUUCGAGUACUUGGAGAUCCGGCAUCUGGAGAUGCACGCUGACCCCAUGGGCAAGCUGCUGGACGACUGGCAGGGACGCCCUGGGGCCUCGGUGGGCCGUCUGCUUGAGCUGCUCACCAAGCUGGGCCGCGAAGAUGUGUUGGUGGAACUGGGGCCCAGCAUUGAGGAGGAUUGCCAAAAGUAUAUUCUGAAACAGCAGCAAGAGGAGUCUGAGAAACCCUUACAGGUGCCUGCUGUAGACAGCAGCGACCCACGGACACCAGAGCGGGGGGGCAUCACCAUGCUUGAUGACCCCCUAGGGCAAAUGCCCGAGCGUUUUGAUGCCUUCAUCUGCUACUGCCCCAGCGAUAUCCAGUUUGUUCAGGAGAUGAUCCGGCAGCUGGAACAGACAAACUAUCGGCUGAAGUUGUGUGUGUCCGAUCGUGAUGUCCUGCCUGGCACCUGUGUCUGGUCCAUUGCCAGUGAGCUUAUUGAGAAGAGGUGCCGGCGGAUGGUGGUGGUUGUCUCUGAUGAUUACUUACAAAGCAAGGAAUGUGACUUCCAGACUAAGUUUGCGCUCAGCCUCUCCCCGGGUGCCCAUCAGAAGCGAUUGAUCCCCAUCAAGUACAAGGCAAUGAAGAAAGAGUUCCCCAGCAUCCUGCGGUUCAUCACUGUCUGCGACUACACCAACCCCUGCACCAAGUCCUGGUUCUGGACUCGCCUCGCUAAGGCCCUGUCCCUGCCCUGAAGUGCCAUGGGACCCUGGAUGUGUGUACAUAUGUCUGUCUGCCCGUUCAUGUACUUCUGCCCCUGCUUCCUCCUGCAGUUGUAGGGGUAAUCUGUGCUCCACUUGCCUCUCAGUUUCUCGAGAUGCCGACUCCACAGACACAUCCAUAGCCACUGUGCAGUGUGGACAUUGCAUCUCAUGUCCUGCAUGGAACCAACGGCUGCAAGGGGCACAUCCACAUGCGGGGUUAUCUGCCAACACAGUGAAAUCCAGAGCCAGCUGACACUAAGAGGACCAAUGGAAGCAGCCCUGACGUGUCCACACAUCUUGGGCCUCAGUUUCUCCACCUGAGAACUAAGUAGGGUGGGAAGAACUGGCAGUAGCUGUGUUUCAAUCACUACUGAGGGGGCCUAACCUUGGACAAAGGUGGGACACGCUUUUCUCUUUUUUUCUCUCUUCAUUGAAACCUAACUCUGGAAAGAACCCAAUAUGCCAGCAUUUAUGCCCUCUGUGAAGCACAGAGCAAGAAAGAGCUGCUUAAACCCGCAGAGCAAGUAAGCUGCAGACUUCCCUCCCAGGGGAUUUGUGUGCUAGUUAUCUUCAAGCUCUCCCUGGCGGAGAAAAUGUUAUGGUCUCAGGUUUCUGUCCCAUGGCAGACCCUAGGACCCUAAAUCUAAUAGGAAAUGUAUCUUUCCUGCUUCACACCCAGCCAGGGCUAAGGCAAGGUACCUUUCCUCAAGGUCUUGGGAGGGACUGGAGGCCCCUCUACAUGAUCUUGAUGAAGCACUUCGCUAACCAUGCACUUAUCCUCACUUUGAUCUUGGGGAUUAUUUUUAAACAAUUUCAAAAAAGUACCUUUCAUACCUGUUUUGUAUGCACUGUGAGAAUUUCAGAGAGCUGAAAUAUGCCUAUGUUUGUCCUUUCUCUUCUUUAUCCUGGGUUUAUAAUAAAGAGUUCUAUACUUUUGGAA